GGGAGGAGGAGAGGGAAGGAGGGUAGAGAGGAGAAGACAAAAGAUUCAUAAAACUAAAGCAGUUGCCGACGACAGCAAAAGUUCUCGUAAAGUGUAGCUCUUAUAAGCUGAAGGAAUGGGCAGCCUUCCAGUGGUCCUGCUCCUCUGCAGUUUCCACGUGCUCGCAGCUGUAGCCCAAGCCCAGCAGUCUGAGAGCACUGAGCCACCUGGAGGCACCUUGCCAGCCAACUGUAGGGAGGAGAUGUAUCCUUGCACCAGGAUGUACUCGGUUCACAAGCCCAUCAAGAGAUGUAUUGGUGGUCUUUGUUUCUACAGCCUCCCUCGUGUCUACGUGAUCAACAAGGAGAUCUGCAUGAGGACUGUGUGCCAACAGGAUGAGUAUCUGAAAGCUGAGCUGUGCAGAGAGUUGUCUGGGUGGCCCAGACGUUCUGAGAGGUCAUCAAAUAGGAAACGCUGUCUCAAUCGCCGUAGCAACCCCAAAACCUGGGCAAACAAGGCCUGAUGGGCCCAGGAGGGCGAUGUGACCACCGGUGAGGAUGGAGCCCCUUAGAGACACAAACCAGGGGCGUCGUCAUAAAAACAGCCCAUAACACCAUAAAUCCUCUGCUCAACACCUGGGGGUCUCCUUCUUUCUUUUACGCACACACACGCAUUCAUGCACGUAUGGGCGCGCGCACACACACACACACACACACACACACACACACAAAAAUGUGGUGAGUCAUAUCUAUGUUUAUGUAUUAGUCUUUUAAUUGUGUGUGAAUAUUGAAGGUGUGCUCAUUUCAUCUGUGUGUUGUUGGACACAGAUCAUGUCUUCCAUGGUUUACGAUCCAUUUAAGGUACUGUAGUAAUGGGCCUAUAGCAGCACUGAGUCAUUUCAUUGUACAAAGAAAGACCCACUCUGUUGUGGAUUGUGAGGUACUCAUUGAUAAUGUAGUAUUAUGUGCACUAUUGUAUCCAAUAAAAUAUAACUACAUUUA